AUGCAAGCGACGGCGCGGCAGGUGGAGGACAAGGAGUGCUACAGCUACACCACCAAUGGCGCGGCCAGUGGACGGCCGCACCGCAAGAACCCGGCCGCGUCCUCCAGGCUCAAGCCGAUGCCGUCCAAGUGGGACGACGCGCAGAAGUGGCUCGUGGGCAUGUCCAACGGCGGCGGCGACGGGCUGCACGGCGGCGGCGGCAAGGGCGCCAAGCCCCGCAACUCCAACGCCGACGACCGGCGCCUCCUGAGCUCGUCCUCGCAGAACGGCCGCAUCUCCUGCAGCAGCGUGGACGGCGGCAUCGAGUACAACAUGGUGGCGGCGCCCCCGACGCCGCCGCAGCUGGGCGAGGACGACGUCGGCGAGACCAAGAACAUGGACUACAUGGUGCCGCCGCACGGCCACGCCCACGGCUCGCCCGUGUCGGUGUGCCUGCGGGACAUGGGCACCGAGAUGACGCCCAUCGCCAGCAAGGAGCCGUCCAGGGCGGCCACGCCGCUGCGCUCCACCACGCCCGUCGCGCGGAGCCCGAUACCGUCCCGGUCGUCCACGCCGGGGAGGCGGCGGCAGGACGCGCCGCCCGCGGGCGCUCUUGGCUCCGACGUGGUCCGGACGGCCGAGCAGGCGGCGGUAAGCAACAAUGCCGUCAGUGGCGGCGAGGCGGGCAGGGACAGCGACGCCGGGGUGCACGGCGGUGCUCCCAGAGCCAACACGCUCGAGUCCCGUGCGGCGGCCUGGGACGAGGCAGAGCGAGCCAAGUUCAUGGCGAGAUACAAGCGCGAGGAGGUGAAGAUCCAGGCCUGGGAGAACCACGAGAAGCGAAAAGCCGAGCUGGAGAUGAAGAAAAUAGAGAUGAAGGCGGAGCAGAUGAAGGCGCGGGCGCAGGAGAAGCUGGCGAGCAAGCUGGCGACGGCGCGGCGCGUGGCCGAGGAGAAGCGGGCGGUGGCGGAGGCGACGCUGAACGAGGGCGCGGCGAGGACGUCGGAGAAGGCGGACUACAUCCGGAGGACCGGCCACCUGCCCUCCUCCUUCUUCUCCUUCAGAAUCCCCUCCCUCUGCGGCUGA